GGGAAGAUGGCGGUGCGGGUGGCGGUUGGUCUCGCGCGAACAGCGGGCUCUUCGCCGCCGGGGAGAUGAAGCAGCCGUCUCUCCGAGCCGCAGUCAGUGAGCGCAACUCGGCCCGGCUUUCCGGGGAAAAAAAGUUGCCAUCCUUCCCUGGUCAGGCCUAUAUGUGAUUCCAGAACCACAGCGAUGUGACUGAUUCUUAACUGCCCUCUGGACAACUAGAGAUUGUUGACAAGAAUCAUGCCAGACUCCCAUGGAAAUCUCGGACAGAAAUGAAAACCCUCAACUACGUCUUAUAACACAAUAACCAUUGUUUUGGAGUUGGAAGAGGAAUUGUGUGCGCAUUCAUACGCUGAUAAUGGCAGAUAAACCAGCACCGCUUGAGGCAGCCUCACUUCUUAAUGUUGAUUUGUCUGUUCUACCUCCCCUGGUGAAUGGGGAUGGGACACAGGUUAUUUUGGUUCAAGUCAACCCAGGUGAGACAUUUACCAUAAGAAGAGAGGAUGGGCAGCUUCAGUGCAUUACAGGUCCUGCUCAGGUUCCAAUGGUGUCUCCUAAUGGUUCAGUGCCUCCCAUUUAUGUGCCUCCAGGAUAUGUGUCACAGGUCAUUGAAGAAAAUGGUGUUCGAAGGGUGUUGGUGUUACCUCAACAGCCAGACUUUCAUCCUGGCAGUCAUCCACCAAUGCAUCCUCAUCCUUAUAUGCCUCCAUUUCUUCCUCCACCUGUCCUGCCACAUCAUCAAAUGUACUCUCCAGGGCCAGGAGAUGUUGCAGCACCAUAUGUUGCACAGCACCAUCCCCAGCAUUCAUAUGCAGAGCAAGAAUCUCAUCCUUCUCAUGGGAGGUCCAACUUUAUCCACAGAGAUGAAAGAACUAGCAAAGCUUAUGAACGUUUACAAAAGAAACUGAAAGAUAGACAAGCUAAUGGAUCGAAAGAUAAGAUCAGCAGCCCACCAUCCUCUCCCCAUAAGUCUCCCACCAGUGAAGAAAAUAAAGAUGAAGAUACAGACGCAAAAGCUUUUGAAGCAGUCCUAUCAAGUGUUGACAAACCUGUGGUAUCUGACAUCCAGGCAAGAUCAGUUGUACUCACAUGGUCUCCUCCUUCAGCCGCAACUAAUGAUGACACUGAUAGUGACGUUGUACCUGAACCAUGCAGCUAUGAAGUUGCUAUUUCUAGUAGUGGGAAGGAUGGAAAAUUCAAAAUUGUUUAUAUAGGAAAAGAUAUGAAUGUCAAGUUACAGGACCUAAAACCAGCCACAGAAUAUCAAGCCAGGGUGCAAGCAGCCUCUAACCUAAUAAGAGGAACGCCAUCAGAAUCAGAGCGUUUUACAACAUUGUGCAGUGAACCAGACACACCAAUGCCACCUAGAAUAAUAAACAGGACCAAACAUUCCCUCAGUCUACAGUGGAAGGCUACGUGUGACAAUGGUUCCAAAGUCAGCAAUUAUAAUCUGGAAUGGGAUGAAGGGAAAGGGAAGAAUGAAUUUUCCCAGUGUUAUUUUGGACCACAGAAACAAUUCAAAGUUGUUAAGCUGUCACCAGCCACUGGAUACAGAUUUAAGUUAGCAGCCAUAAAUGAACUUGGGAUGAGUGAUUUCAGUGAAGAGGUGUUUUUCUACACAACUGGCAGUGUCCCUCCAACACCAACAAGUCCUCAGCUUGUUAAAGCAGGCGUCACAUGGCUGUCAUUAUAUUGGAACAAGCCUUCAGGAACCUUAUCUGAUGAAGGCAUCAGUUAUAUUUUAGAAAUGGAAGAUGAAACAUCAGGAUAUGGAUUUAAACCAAAAUAUGAUGGUGAGGAUCUUGCAUGUACAAUUAAAAACCUUCGAAGAAAAAGUACGUAUAAAUUCAGGGUAAUUGCUUACAAUUCAGAAGGGAAGAGCAACCCUGGUGAAGUCAUGGAGUUUACCACCUAUCCAGACAAACCUGGAUCACCAUCUAAACCUUCGGUGAAGGGGAAAAUUCAUGCUCACAAUUUUAAAAUUAUCUGGGAUCCACCUAAGGACAAUGGAGGAUCAGCAAUUACAAAGUAUGUGGUUGAGAUGUCAGUCGGUGCUAAUGCGAACACUUGGGACGUGGUUUAUAGUGGAGCUACCAGAGAACAUGUGUGUGACCACCUUAAUCCUGGCUGUGUCUACCAGUUGCGACUUUACUGCAUUAGUGAAGGAGGGCAGAGUCCGGUCUCAGAAACAUUAUUAGUGCAGACACCAGCAGUUCCCCCUGGUCCUUGCCAACCACCAAGACUUGUCGGUAAAGCUCGGGCAAGAGAAAUACAGUUACGAUGGGGCCAACCUCCUAUAACUGGCGGUUCUCAAGUAAUCAGUUAUAGACUGGAAAUGUCUGCAUCAAACCUGACUGAACCCAAGGAGGUGUACGAGGGACCUGACACAGAAUGUACAGUCAGCAGCCUGCUUCCAGGAAAGAUGUACAGUUUUCGACUUCGGGCUGUAAACAAAGCAGGGUGUGGUCCUUAUUCAGAAAAAUGUGAAAUUUGCACAGCUGCAGGAUGUCCUGACCAAUGCAAAGCUCCACAUGUUGUGUGCAAAACAGCCACGUGUGUGCACGUCAGCUGGACAACUCCAGCUGAUAAUGGUGCCGAUGUGACAGAGUACAGGCUGGAAUGGGGAGUUGUGGAAGGCAUCCUGCAAAUAUGUUAUUGUGGUCCCGGUCUAAAUUUUGAAGUGAAGGGGCUUUUGCCAGCCACAACAUACUUUUGUAGAGUGCAGGCACUGAAUGUUGCUGGUGCAGGUCCUUUCAGUGAUGUGGUUUUGUGCAUGACUCCACCGUCUGUUCCAGCUGCUAUAAGCUUUCUGCAAAUAGUGGAUGAAGAUAAACUUGAUACCCCACUUGACUCCCCUUCAACAUGUCUAGCCAUACAGUGGGAAGAGCCUCGCAAUAAUGGUUCUGAAAUCUCAAGCUACAGUAUAGACUUUGGUGACAAGCAGCCAAUAACAGCAGACAGAUCGACUAAUUGUAUCAUCCAAAAUCUGCAGCCAGAUACAACAUACAGAAUACGAGUACAGGCUGUAAACAGCAUUGGACCUGGUCCUUUCAGCCAUACCAUUAAAGCAAAAACAAAACCACUGCCUCCAGAGCCACCUCGACUUGAAUGUGUAGCCUUUAGUUAUCAAACCCUGAAGCUCAAAUGGGGAGAGGGGACUGCAAAAGUUUUGGCAUCAGAUGCCAUUCAGUAUGUCUUACAAAUGGAGGACAAAAAUGGGAGGUAUUCAACUAUAUGCAAAGGACCAUGUCACACACACAAAGUUCAAAGACUCAAUGAGUCAACAUGCUACAGAUUUAAAAUUCAGGCAUGUAAUGAAGCAGGUGAAGGAUCCUUUUCUGACGUUUACACUUUCACAACUGCCAAAUCUCCCCCAUCUCCUGUUAAAGCUCCGAGAUUGAAACAACUGAAGGAGAAUGUAUGUGAUCUCACGUGGGAACCUUUGCCAGCAAUGAAGGGGGAUCCAAUUGUUUACAAUGUUCAGGCCAUGGUUGGCAAAGACUCUGAAUUCAAACAGAUUUAUAAAGGUCCAGAAACAACAUUCCAAGUUUCAAACCUCCAGUUGAACUGUGAAUAUCGUUUUCGUGUGUGCGCCAUUCGCCAGUGCCAAGAUACUCAAGGGUUUCAUGAUCUGAUGGGCCCUUAUAGUGCUACUGUAACAUUAUACUCUCAGAGGAAUGAGACACCAGCUAACAGCAGCAAAAGCACCACAGAAGUCACAAAGACAACACAGACAUUAAGUGAUGAGCAGUGUGCUGCCCUCAUUCUUGCUUUGUUUGCUAUAGUCUCCAUUUUGAUUGCGUUCAUUGUUCAAUAUUUUGUCAUCAAGUAAAAAAAGUUUAGUAUUUGAAUGUCUCUUGCCAUGUAUUACUUGUGUUGUAAUAUCAAAUAAUUGUGAUUGAUUAUGCUUUUAAAUUGAUACUGAUAUCCAGUUGUCACAAAGGCUCUUUGCCAACAUCUCAGCUAUUGCUUUCCCCCUAAUUCAUGUGUGUUACUGAAAGUCUGACCGUGUAGAGAAUACCACAGAGAUAUGUUGAAAUAUUAACAGUCUCAUACAGCAAGUGACAUCUGUGUAAAUCCAGUGGCACUUUACAAUAUACCCCUUAAAGCAAUUGUUUUGAGUGUUGGUAUAGAUGUGUAAAGUUAAAGCAUUGUACCGAGUUUUUUUUAAAGUAAUUUACAAUGUGAGAUCAUUUGAAAAUAUAGAGGUAGGGAAGGGAAAAUUGAUGCACUUUAGUGCAGUCUAUUGAGUAUAUUGCAAUAACAGAAAUUGAGGGUAUUAAAUUCUGUGUAGCAAGUCAGGUAAAAUGCAUAACAGUAGUGAACCCAAACUGUGAAACUUUGAAUCUUUAGUAGUUGUGCAAUUCCUACCUCUUCUAAAAUGUAGCCUAAAAGUUGAAGAGGGCCGCUUCAUACUAAAUUGCCAGUAAAUAUGGGGGAAUGUGACUGUGUGGGUACAAAUGUAAUAGGUUUGAAUAUUCCGUUGCCAGGGUCUUUGCAGCACUGAAACAAAUUAAAUUAUCACUUUUUUUUCAAAGUGUCAUGCAUACAAGCUAUAAUGUUUUUAUUCACUGCUUCACAGAUUAUAUCUCAGGCACUUUUUAAUUUUAGCAGUUUAUUUAAGCAAGGAAAUACUUCACAUUUCAAUAUUACAUUAAGAAUUCAGCUUAAAUGCAUAACAAAUUUAAUGGUUAAUUUCAUAGGCCUCCAGAGGUAAAAUUAAUCCGUAAGUGUUCAACACUAUAUCAGAGAAAAAACAC